AUGAGCAAUUUAAAUUUCUUUCAGGUCCGUCUUACAUAAUUUGAUUCUUUUAGAAGUCUUAUGAAAUUAAGUGAUGUAUUGCCAACUUCAAAAAAGCAAUUUAUUAAAUGCGGUUGCUAAAAAGAGAAGAAUAGAGAUAAAAGGUCUCAAUAACUUGAAUCCCAGGUUAAAUAAACAGCAAAGACCAUUCAAUUCAGAGACCUUCAGAAUUUAGUCUUUUUCAAAGGUUACAUAAGUACAAUGUUAAAUGAUCAGAAAAGAUUACCACAGGCCACAGAUGGGAUUCCAAAAGGGAUAUCAUCAAGACAUUUUGGAUAGAAGAGGGUCCUUGAUCGUUCCUGGAAACAACCUCUUUUUUUUUUUUGCUCUUUCUUUUUUGUCCAUUAAACCUAAUUAAUACAUUUUGUUCUAUUUCUUUUUGGAAAUUUGGAGCAUUUUUUCUUUCACUUUAAAGAAAUACAGAGGUCCUAGUUCUUAUCCGUCUAGAUUUUUUGAAUAAAUUAAAAAAAAAUAAUCAUCAGUUGUGAUUUAAGUAUCAUUUAUCAUUUAAACUAUAGUUUCAAUUAAUUAAAAGAAGUUAUUUUAUUCAAUAAAAAUAGCUGUUUAUUGAGUAUACUAGUUUAUAAGCAUUUAAUAAGUACUUAAAAUGA